UGAGCCAUGUGAUGAUCCACGUGGCGCUAAGGCGACAGGCACCGGCACUGAAACGCAUAGGAUCUAUCUGCGGUACAUAGCCAUAGGCACGGAAUCAGAGAGGGUGAGGGUCGUGUGAAUGUGAAGAAACCAAACCAAACCACUCACCACUCACUCACUCACUCACUCACUCACUCUCGGUCCUCCUGGGUAUGGAUUCCGUUGUCCUUCACAGUGUGAGUGCGUCAUCAGCGGCUUCGUCGUCGUCUACGUCGUCAAUGGCGAAGCGUCCAUGUCCGUCGCAAAACCCUAGAGUGGAGAACCUGAGCGACGUGGAACGUCUUCUGGACGCGUUUCUCUCCCUUUCCGACCUCCCUUCUCUCUCCCUCGAUCUCUCCUUCGAGAGGCUUCUCCAAUCUGUCUCCCCUGACUCCGAUCUUAUCGAUCGCGCCCUCAAAAUGGGUUCUCUCCUUCUUGACGCCGCCAAACACUCCUCUCGGAAACGCGCUUCCAACCACAAUUCCCUCGCCUGGCCCCUCCCUCCCGACCUCACCAUCAAGGUGUUCUCAAUGCUUGAUACCCAGAGUCUGUGCUAUGCAUCAGCUACUUGUUCAAUGUUUAGCAAAUGUGCUAAAGAUCCUCUGUGCUAUACAAAUCUUGAUUUGACAACACUUGUUCCGAAGGUUAACAAUGCAGUAGUUGCCACGAUGAUUCAGCGAGCUGGAAAGGCACUAAGGUCUCUUAAGCUUGGCGUUGUCCCUGGUGCUACUACUUCACUUGGAUCUUGUCCACCAUUUGUUUGUACCAUUAGAAAUGCUAUUGUGGAAGUAUCAAACUUUUCAUGGAAUGAUAAGAGGUCUCGACAAGGGAGGGAGUCAUCCAUUCUCACAAGAUGCUGCUUAAGCCCUUUAAGUGGUGAUGGUGGUACCCCAGGGGCUCUUUUAAGAAAGUUACACUUGUAUAAUAUUGAGAGAAUGGAUAAUGCAUCCCUUGGUGCAGCAUUGUCUGCAUGCCCAUCUCUCCUUGAUUUGGAAAUUGUUGGGCUCCAUGUUGAGCUGAGGCAAACAUUAAUGUCAGUAAGUGCAAACUGCCAUUUGAUAGAACGCUUGUUUUUUGAGUCUUCUAAAACAGGUAGAGAUGACAGCUUGAAAGCACAAACCUGUUUUGAGCUAGAAAAUUGUCCUCAUCUAACUUCUUUAUCCCUUAGAGGGUUUAAGCUACAUGAUUGCAAAGUUCGUGUAUUGGUUAAGGGAUUUAGGAAAUUGAAGUAUGUUGACUUUUCAACGUCUUAUUCAAUCACUGGUAACUUCUUGAGAAACCUUGGAAGCUGCAAUGGGGGAAAUUUUCUUGAGGUCUUAAUUUUAAGGGAUUGCAUGCAUCUCAAAGAGAUGGAAGUCGCGAGGCUGUUGACUGCAAUCCUUGCUGGAGACUUCAAAUUUCUUGUACAUCUUGAUAUAUCCAAUAGGGAAGGUUUAGCAUCUGAGGCUGAUUGGUACCACAGGUGCUACAACUCUAGUAUUAUGCCUAUAAAACAGGUUUUGGAAACGAGGCCUGAUAUGUGUCUGGUGGCUGAAUAUCCAUCAGCAGAAGGAAGCUAUAUGGAGACAUUUGAUGCUGAUAUGAAUAGUGAGAUAAGUCUGCCCUCACAAUUGAGUAGCCACACGUCAGAUGGAUCAAUUUUUAUGAGUACAUCUGAAAGCAGCUACAAUAGUGAUCAGGGAAGUGGCAAUGAGGAUGGUCAAGAUGCCAACUACGUGAUAUACGAGGAAAGCUCAGAUGAGAUUGACUUUUUGUCCCUCUAGGGAAUCCUCGUGGUGAGGCAUCAUUCAAGAAGGACAACAAUUUGGUGAACUUGGGGGAGCUGUGGGGAAGAACGAUGCCACAGGAUGGGUGUCAACGACGGAUCUGGAUUUUUCAACUUUCAAUAUGUCCUUCUCCAUAAUUGAUGUUCUUUAUCGUGGAAUUUUCAAUCUGGAGGACAAUUGGAGGCUGGUUGUUGUUUUAAAGUUGGCAUUUGUUUCCAUAUUUGCAAUAUUGUCAAUAUAUUGCUGCUUCAUUCCGCAGGCUUCCCAAAAAAGAGGUUAUUUUUCCUCGGCAUCAAUCCAUGUAGUGCUGGAAUUUAUUUUUGGUUCUAAUGUAGAAGACGUCUUCAAUUAUGUAUUUUGUACCCCUUUUAGUUAAUACGCAAAUAAAAUUAAGUAAACACUUCUUUGUUUACUUCCUAAUACUGAUCGGUAAUAGGAGAUGAGCAGGUCAUGGUGCACUUUAUCAUGAAUGAACAUGGCCAGAGUUGAUCAAGCACAUUCCUAUUCGUGAGAGGUGACAUCCCUGAAAAAAUGUAUAACUCGCACGCAUUUCGUGCAGUUCACAAAUUAUGGAAUUGUUGUAAUAUUCUUUCCUGCCAACUCCCAAAUAUGACAAUUAUUGGAAGUUCCCGUGGACCUAUAUACCUGAGGGGCAAAUAUUUUAUGUAAUUUAAAGUUCUCCGA